CUGCAUCUGUCUAGCUCUGUGUGUGUGUCAUCUCUCCACACAGAGAGAGGAGAGUACCGCAGCCUCUCUCUCCCCCUUCAAAUAACAGGGAUUACAGUUCGGUAAUCAACACAAGCAAGCAACCCAAGGGGGGCCAUCCCCUACCAGGCAGGAGGUUUCCCGCUACACCAUGGCCGAAGGAGGAGAGAAUGAGGACGAGAUCCAGUUCCUCAGGACAGAAGAUGUGGUGGUUCUGCAAUGCAGCGCCACAAUCCAUAAAGAGAACCUUAAGAUGUGCAUGGGAGCAGAGGGCUUUGGGAACCGUCUCUGCUUCCUGGAAUCAACAUCCAAUGCUCAGAAUGUGCCUCCAGACCUGGCCAUCUGCUGCUUUAUUCUGGAGCAGUCUCUGUCAGUUCGCGCUCUGCAGGAAAUGUUGGCCAACACUGUGGAGAUGGGAAGCGAGGCGCCCAAUUUGGAUAAAUGGUCUUCUCAAGGUGGAGGACACCGAACGUUACUCUAUGGUCACGCUAUACUCUUGAGACACUGCCACAGCCAUAUGUAUCUCUGCUGUCUCACAACAUCUCGGUCUCUCACUGACAAGCUAGCAUUUGAUGUCGGUCUUCAAGAGGAUGCUACAGGAGAGGCCUGCUGGUGGACCAUCCAUCCGGCUUCCAAGCAGCGCUCAGAAGGAGAGAAGGUGCGAAUAGGUGAUGAUUUGAUCCUAGUCAGUGUCUCCUCAGAACGGUAUCUGCACCUCUCUACUGCCAGCGGGGACCUCCAGGUGGAUGCCUCAUUCAUGCAGACCCUCUGGAAUAUGAACCCGAUUACCUCAGGCUGUGAGUUGGCUGAAGGAUACCUGAUCGGAGGACAUGUCUUGCGUCUGUUUCAUGGUCAUAUGGAUGAGUGUUUGACCAUUUCUUCUACAGACCAAGGGGAGGAACAGCGACGGUUACCCCAUUACGAAGGAGGGUCCGUUUGCUCUCAUGCACGUUCAUUGUGGAGACUUGAGCCCCUAAGAAUUAGCUGGAGUGGGAGCCACAUGAGAUGGGGACAGCCAUUUCGCCUGCGUCAUGUGACUACAGGGAGAUACCUGGCUCGUGAGGAGGAGAAGGGCCUGGUGCUGUUUGAUGCUGAGAAAGCCAACACCAAAGCCACCUCUUUUUGCUUUCGUGCUUCUAAGGAAAAGUUGGAUGUUGCCCCUAAACGAGACGUGGAAGGGAUGGGACCUGCUGAGAUAAAGUAUGGAGAGUCCAUGUGCUUCGUUCAACACGUACAGAGUGCUCUCUGGCUCACUUAUGCUGCUGCAGAUUCCAAGGUUGUCCGCCUGGGGCCACCAAAGCGCAAGGCUAUCUUGCACCAAGAGGGUCAUAUGGAUGAUGCUUUGUCUCUGUCACGCUCCCAAAGAGAAGAGUCCCAGGCAGCAAGAAUGAUUUUCAGCACAGCCGCUCUGUUCAACCUGUUCAUCAAGGGUCUGGACAGUUUGAGCGGGAAGAUCAAGCCCUCAAAACCAGUCGCUUUGCCUAUUGACAUGGUCAUUCUAACCCUGCAAGAUCUGAUUGGCUAUUUCCAACACCCAGAAGAGGAGUUACAGCACGAGGAGAAGCAGACCAAGCUCCGGUCCCUGAAAAACCGCCAAAACCUCUUCCAGGAAGAGGGAAUUAUCUCGCUCGUCUUGGACUGUAUAGACCGGCUGAACAUCUACAGCACGGCUGCUCACUUUGCAGAGUUUGCUGGAGAGGAAGCUGCUGAGUCCUGGAAGGAGAUAGUCAAUUUGCUUUAUGAAUUGCUUGCGGCUCUUAUAAGGGGCAAUCGCUCUAACUGCGCCCUGUUCUCUAGUAACUUAGACUGGGUGGUCAGCAAACUGGACCGGCUAGAAGCUUCAUCAGGCAUUUUGGAGGUUUUGUAUUGCGUGUUGAUCGAGAGUCCUGAAGUUCUGAACAUUAUUAAAGAGAAUCACAUCAAGUCCAUUAUUUCUCUACUUGAUAAGCAUGGACGAAACCAUAAGGUCCUGGAUGUCCUCUGCUCUCUGUGUGUGUGUAACGGGGUAGCUGUUAGAUCCAACCAGAAUUUAAUAACGGAGAACCUGCUUCCCCGCAGAGACCUUCUUCUCCAGACUAGGCUGGUUAACUAUGUCACCAGCAUGAGACCUAAUGUUUUCCUGGGAACAUGUGAAGGAUCCACCCAGUUCAAAAAGUGGUAUUAUGAGUUGAUUAUCGAUCACGUGGAACCUUUUGUGACUGCCGAGACCACUCACCUGCGUGUUGGUUGGGCACUGAAUGAGGGGUACAGUCCAUAUCCUGGUGCUGGGGAAGGCUGGGGAGCCAAUGGAGUGGGUGAUGACUUGUACUCCUUCUCUUUCGAUGGUCUUCACCUUUGGUCAGGUCGGGUUUGCCGGACUGUGGCUUCACACAACCAGCAUUUACUAACAGUUGAUGAUGUUGUCAGCUGCUGCCUGGACUUGACGGUGCCAAGCAUUUCAUUCCGUUUCAAUGGCCACCCUGUGCAGGGCAUGUUUGAGAACUUUAAUUUAGAUGGGCUCUUUUUCCCAGUUGCUAGCUUCUCUGCUGGAAUUAAGAUUCGUUUUCUCCUGGGAGGCCGUCAUGGUGAUUUCAAGUUCCUCCCUCCUCCUGGCUAUGCUCCCGUCUAUGAAGCCCUCCUGCCUCGGGAUCGUAUGCGUGUGGAGCCCAUCAAGGAAUACAAACAUGACUUUGAGGACAUCCGUAACCUGCUGGGGCCCACCAAAUCCCUCAACCACACCUCCUUUGUCCCUUGUCCUGUGGAUACUAUGCAGAUUGUCCUCCCUCCUCACCUGGAGCGAAUCCGUGAAAAGCUGGCAGAGAACAUCCAUGAACUUUGGGCUCUUACUAGAAUUGAACAAGGGUGGACCUAUGGACCGAUCCGGGAUGAUAACAAAAGACUACACCCAUGUCUCCUUGACUUCCACAGUCUUCCCGAGCCAGAGAGAAACUACAACCUGCUCAUGUCUGGAGAAACCUUGAAGACCCUGCUAGCCUUGGGUUGCCAUGUGGGUAUGGCCGAUGAAAAGGCAGAAGAAAACUUGAAGAAGAUAAAGCUCCCUAAGACAUACAUGAUGUGCAAUGGAUACAAACCUGCUCCCCUCGAUCUGUCCCACGUCAAGCUGACACCAGCGCAGAACACCUUAGUGGACAAACUGGCAGAGAAUGGGCACAAUGUGUGGGCAAGGGACAGAGUGCAGCAAGGAUGGACCUAUAGCAUAAUACAGGAUAUCAAGAACAAGCGGAACCCUCGCCUAGUGCCUUACACUCUGCUGGAUGAGAAAACCAAGAAGACCAAUAGAGACAGCCUGUGUGAGGCUGUGCGUACACUCAUGGGAUAUGGAUACAAUAUAGAGCCCCCCGACCAGGAGACCACUGCUCUGGGAGGAACAACAAAACCUCGAUCUGAAAGGAUGCGCAUCUUCCGGGCUGAGAAGUCAUACGCAGUCAAAUCAGGGAGGUGGUAUUUUGAAUUUGAAGCGGUAACAACGGGGGAGAUGAGAGUAGGAUGGGCUCGACCUGAGGUGCGACCAGAUAUGGAACUGGGGGCCGAUGACCUGGCAUAUGUGUUUAAUGGUUGCAGGGGCCAGCGAUGGCACAUCGGCAGUGAACCUUUUGGACGUAGCUGGUUGCCCGGAGAUGUGGUUGGGUGUAUGAUUGACCUGGUAGAGAUGAACAUCAUGUUCACUUUGAAUGGGGAGAUGCUGAUCAGUGAUUCUGGUUCCGAUCUUGCUUUCAAAGAUAUAGAAAUAGGAGAUGGAUUUAUCCCAGUUUGCAGUCUUGGAAUGUCUCAGGUUGGUAGACUGAACCUCGGCCAGGAUGUUGGCAGCCUCCGCUACUUUACAAUCUGCGGCCUGCAGGAAGGAUUUGAGCCAUUUGCUAUCAACAUGAAGAGAGAAAUCACCACCUGGUUUAGCAAGAGCCUUCCCCAGUUUGUGCCUGUGCCCCAAGAUCACGGUCACAUUGAGGUUGGGCGCAUUGAUGGCACUGUGGACAACCCGCCUUGCCUCAAAGUUACGCACAAGACGUUUGGGUCUCAGAACAGCAACAACGACAUGCUUUUCUUUAGGCUCAGCAUGCCAGUGGAAUUUUAUGAGACGUUUAAGUGUACUGCAGGGGCAACUCCUCUCACCCGUUCUUUCACCAUACCUGAAGAAGAGGUCCUAGAUGUGGACAUGGACUCUGAAUUUGAGCUCCUAAAGAAAUCUGCCUCCCGCAAAGAAGCUGAAGCAACCAAUGAGAAGGAAGCAGCUAAGGAACCACCCAAGGAACUGGCCAAGCCAGAGAAUGAGAAGGAUGCAGCUUCUGAAAAGUCCAAAGGAAAGAGAGGGUUCCUCUUCAAGGCUAAGAAACCAGCAUUUAUCUCACCACCUCCUGUCGUACCUACCAUGCCUCGCCUGAUGAGGGAUGUAGUGCCGGAUGACCGAGAUGAUACUGAGAUCAUCAUGAACACUACUACGUAUUACUACUCUGUGAGGAUCUUUGCCGGACAGGAGCCCACUGGAGUUUGGGUUGGUUGGGUGACCCCUGACUAUCAUCUCUACGAUAUGAACUUUGACCUGAACAAAGUCCGCAUGGCCACAAUCACAAUGGGGGACGACAAAGGCAACGUAUUUAACAGCAUUAAGCGUAGCAAUUGUUACAUGGUUUGGGGUGGAGAAUUCAGCAGCAAUACUCAACAAGCUCGGGUCCGAAAAGAGGACCUCGUGAUUGGUUGCCUGAUUGACCUGGCAACUGGGCUCAUGACCUUCACCGCCAACAAGAAAGAGGUCAACACGUUUUUCCAGGUUGAGCCUAACACAAAGCUGUUUCCUGCGGUCUUUGUUCAGCCCUUGAGCCAAAAUUUGUUCCAGUUUGAACUGGGGAAAUUGAAGAAUAUCAUGCCCAUAUCGGCAGCCAUGUUCCGCAGUGAAAAUAAGAACUCGGUUCCGCAGUGCCCACCUCGCCUGGAUGUCCAGUUGUUGACACCUGUGGUGUGGAGCCGGAUGCCAAAUGACUUCUUGGCAGUGGAAUCAGGAAAAGUCAGCGAUAGGCAUGGCUGGAUGGUGGAAUGCACAGAACCGCUGAUGAUGAUGGCUCUGCACAUCCCAGAAGAGAACAGGUGCAUUGAUAUCCUUGAGUUGUCUGAACGCUUGAACAUGCUGAAAUUCCACUACCAUACUCUGAAGCUGUAUUGCUCGGUCUGUGCUUUAGGAAAUAACCGCGUGGCACAUGCCCUCACCAGCCACGUGGAUGAAUCUCAGUUGCUUUACACCAGUGAGAGUAACCACCUGUCAGGUCUCCUUCGGGGUGGCUUCUAUGAUCUACUCAUCAGCAUCCACCUGGAGUCAGCCAAGAGAGCACGUCUGACAAUGAACAGUGAGUUCAUUGUGCCAAUGACUGAUCAGACAAAGAGUAUCACCCUGUUCCCCAAUGAGAACAAGAAACAUGGACUUCCCGGUGUAGGUAUGAGCACCUGUCUGAAGCCAGAGCUUCACUUCUCCCAUACCUGCUUCGUAAGCACCAUUAGUGAACUUUACCUCCACAGUCCUUAUAUCCCACUGGAUAUACUGAAGACCAAAGCUAUCAACAUGUUGACAGAAGCUGUGUUGGAUGGUGGACAGCACACCAGGGAUCCUGUUGGGGGUAGCGUGGAGUUCCAAUUUGUACCAGUCCUGAAGCUCAUCUCCACACUCCUAAUCAUGGGUGUCUUUGAAGAUGACGAUGUGCGGCAUAUCUUGAAGAUGAUAGAACCCAACGUGUUUUCAGAAGAAGAGCAAGCGGAAGAAGAGGAGAAGGUUGAGGAAGGUGGGGAGGAAGGCACAGAAGAAGAAGAAGAAGAAGAAGAGGAGGCUACUGAGAAAGAUUGGGAGGCUGAAGUAGCUGAGGAAGAGGAAGAAGGUCAGGAAAAGACAGAAGAGGGAGAAGAGAAAGCAGUAGAGGCUGGAGAAGAGGAGGCCAAAGAGGAAGAGGAAGGCCUGGAGGAAGGUUUGCUGCAAAUGAAGCUGCCGGAGUCUGUGAAGUUGCAGAUGUGCAACUUGCUUCAGUAUUUCUGUGACCGGGAGUUGCAGCAUCGUGUUGAAGCCAUUAUCGCAUUCUCAGAGCGGCAUGUAGACAGCCUGCAGACCAAUCAGAGGAAGCGCUACAAGGAGCUGAUGCAGGCAUUCACUAUGUCAGCAGCGGAGACUGCUCGCCGCACACGGGAAUUCCGAUCCCCUCCACAAGAACAGAUUAACAUGUUGGUGAACUCCAAGAACACGCCUGAGGAGGAUUACCCCGUGCCCGAAGAAAUUCGGGAUGAGCUGAUCGAGUUCCAUAGUGACCUCCUGUCCCACUGUGGUGUCCACAUGGAAGGGGAAGAGGAGGAAGAGCAGGAAGACACAAGCCUGACCAGACGUCUCCUUAAUUUAGUGGAGAAAGUGCGGCACCUGCGGGGCAAAAAACAGCCAGAACCUGAGCCAGAAGAAAAAGUAGAAGAAGAAGAGCCGAAGCCCAGCACCUUGCAAGAGCUCAUCUCUCACACCAUGGUUCACUGGGCACAGGAGUCUUUCAUCCAAAGCCCUGAGCUGGUCCGAGUGAUGUUCAGCCUGCUUCACCGCCAGUACGAUGGGCUAGGGGAGCUUAUCCGAGCCUUGCCUAAGGCCUACACUAUCAAUGCUGUAUCGGUUGAGGACACCAUGAACCUUCUGGAGAGUCUGGGACAGAUUCGAUCUCUGCUCAUUGUGCAAAUGGGACCCGAGGAGGAAAACCUGAUGAUCCAGAGUAUUGGAAACAUCAUGAACAACAAGGUCUUUUACCAACAUCCCAACCUUAUGCGAGCUCUGGGAAUGCAUGAGACUGUUAUGGAAGUCAUGGUUAAUGUUUUGGGUGGUGGUGAAUCCAAGGAGAUUCGAUUCCCCAAAAUGGUCACCAACUGCUGCCGAUUCCUGUGCUAUUUCUGCAGAAUCAGUCGGCAGAACCAAAGAGCCAUGUUUGACCAUCUGAGCUACUUGCUACAGAACAGUGGUAUUGGUUUGGGGAUGAGAGGGUCAACUCCUCUAGAUGUAGCUGCUGCUUCGGUGAUUGACAAUAAUGAGUUGGCUUUGGCACUGCAAGAGCAGGACCUAGAGAAGGUUGUCUCCUAUCUUGCUGGCUGUGGCCUACAGACCUGUCCUAUGCUGCUGGCGAAGGGUUAUCCUGAUAUUGGAUGGAACCCAGUAGGUGGGGAGAGGUACCUGGAUUUCCUGCGUUUUGCUGUCUUUGUAAACGGUGAAAGCGUGGAGGAGAAUGCCAAUGUGGUGGUACGUCUCCUGAUCCGACGGCCAGAGUGCUUUGGUCCUGCCCUCAGGGGUGAGGGAGGCAAUGGUUUGCUGGCUGCUAUUGAAGAAGCUAUCAAGAUCUCCGAGGACCCUGCCAGGGAUGGGCCAACAGUCAAGAAAGACCGUCGCAGGGAGUUGUAUGGCGGGGAGGAAGUCCAUGAAGAGAACCGUGUGCACCUUGGCAAUGCAAUCAUGUCUUUCUAUGCAGCUCUUAUUGACCUGCUGGGUCGCUGUGCUCCAGAAAUGCAUCUAAUCCAAGCCGGUAAAGGUGAAGCUCUGCGAAUCCGAGCCAUCCUCCGCUCCUUGGUACCCAUUGAGGAUCUGGUGGGAGUUAUUAGUCUUCCCCUGCAAAUACCGGCCUUCGGAAAGGAUGGCAAUAUCAUUGAGCCAAAAAUGUCUGCCAGCUUUGUACCAGACCACAAGGCGCCAAUGGUUCUGUUCUUGGAUCGUGUCUACGGCAUUGACAAUCAGGAUUUCCUGCUGCAAGUGCUGGAAGUUGGGUUCUUGCCGGACAUGAGGGCAGCAGCCUCUCUGGACACUGCCGCCUUCAGUACUACAGAAAUGGCCCUAUCCUUAAAUCGGUACCUGUGCUUGGCAGUUCUCCCGCUCAUCACCAAAUGUGCCCCUUUGUUCGCUGGCACUGAGCACCGUGCCAUCAUGGUAGACUCCAUGCUGCACACCAUUUACCGCCUGUCCCGCGGACGCUCCCUCACUAAGGCUCAGCGAGAUGUUAUUGAGGAGUGCCUAAUGGCGCUGUGCAGAUAUCUCCGUCCGAACAUGCUGCAGCAUCUCCUGCGAAGGCUGGUCUUUGAUGUUCCAAUUCUAAAUGAGUUUUCCAAAAUGCCACUGAAGCUACUCACCAAUCACUACGAGCGUUGCUGGAAAUACUACUGUCUUCCAACGGGAUGGGCUAACUAUGGUGUCUCAUCAGAAGAAGAGCUUCACCUCACUAGGAAACUCUUCUGGGGAAUUUUUGAGUCUCUGGCUCACAAGAAAUUUGAUGCUGAACUCUACAAGAUCACCAUGCCAUGCCUGUGUGCAAUUGCUGGCGCUAUACCACCUGACUACGUAGAUGCCAGCUACUCCUCCAAGACUGAGAAGAAGGCAUCUGUAGAUGCUGAAGGAAACUUUGACCCCAAGCCUGCGGAGACCUUAAAUGUUAUCAUCCCUGAAAAGCUAGAUGGCUUCAUCAACAAGUAUGCAGAGUACACCCAUGACAAGUGGGCCUUUGAGAAAAUACAAAAUAACUGGUCCUAUGGAGAAACCGUGGAUGAAGAAGCCAAAACUCAUCCUAUGUUACGGCCAUAUAAGACCUUUUCGGAAAAGGACAAGGAGAUCUAUCGCUGGCCUAUCAAAGAAUCGCUGAAAGCCAUGAUAGCUUGGGAAUGGAUGAUUGAAAAAGCCAGAGAAGGAGAAGAAGACCGAACGGAGAAGAAAACAAAAACUAGAAAGAUCUCACAAUCUGCUCAGGCAACCUAUGACCCCACAGUGCAAACCUUUAGUCCAACCCCUAUUGACCUCACUGGGCUUACCCUCUCCAGAGAGCUACAGUCAAUGGCUGAGCAGCUUGCAGAGAACUAUCACAACACAUGGGGGCGUAAGAAGAAGCAUGAGUUGGAGGCCAAAGGAGGUGGCACCCAUCCGUUGCUCGUACCCUAUGAUACCCUAACCGCCAAAGAGAAGGCCCGAGACAGAGAGAAGGCACACGAGCUACUGAAAUUUCUCCAGCUCAAUGGUUAUUCCGUGACCAGGGGAUUGAAAGAUAUGGAGCUGGACACUUCAUCCAUUGAGAAACGCUUUGCUUAUGGCUUCCUGCAGAAACUCCUGAAGCUAAUGGACACGGCCCAGGAGUUUAUUGCUCACCUGGAGGCUGUGGUAAGCAGCGGCAGAGUAGAGAAAUCUCCACAUGAACGAGAAAUCAAGUUCUUUGCAAAGAUCCUUCUGCUUCUCAUCAACCAGUACUUCAGCAACCAUUGCCUGUACUUCCUGUCUACUCCAGCUAAGGUCCUGGGAAGUGGUGGCCAUGCGUCUAACAAGGAGAAAGAAAUGAUCGCCAGCCUAUUCUGUAAGAUGGCUGCUCUGGUCCGACACCGCGUGUCUCUGUUUGGAACUGACGCUCCAGCAGUUGUCAACUGCCUACAUAUUCUGGCUCGUUCUCUUGAUGCCAGGACGGUUAUGAAGUCUGGCCCAGAGAUCGUUAAGGCUGGUUUGCGUUCCUUCUUUGAAGGGGCAUCUGAAGACAUAGAGAAGAUGGUUGAGAACUUAAAGCUGGGAAAGGUUUCUCAGUCCCGUACUCAGGUCAAGGGUGUGACCCAGAACAUCAAUUACACCACAGUGGCCCUCUUGCCGGUUCUGACCUCACUCUUUGAACACAUUGCACAGCACCAGUUUGGCGAUGACGUCAUAUUGGACGAUGUACAGGUUUCCUGCUACAGAACAUUGUGCAGUAUCUACUCUCUGGGAACCACUAAGAACCCCUACGUUGAAAAGCAGCGUCCAGCUUUGGGGGAGUGUCUUGCCCGACUUGCUGCCGCGAUGCCUGUGGCCUUCUUGGAGCCACACCUGAAUGAAUACAACAUCUACUCUGUAUACACCACCAAGUCUCCCCGGGAACGAGCCAUCUUGGGUCUCCCCAACUCUGUGGAAGAAAUGUGCCCAGACAUCCCUGACCUAGGUACCCUGAUGAAGGAGAUUGGGAUGUUGGCAGAAUCUGGUGCUCGAUAUACAGAGAUGCCCCAUGUGAUCGAGGUCACCUUGCCCAUGCUGUGUAAUUACCUUCCCCGCUGGUGGGAACGAGGCCCAGAAAAUGUCCCAGAUGACUCUUCACCCUGCUGCACCAGCGUGACAUCUGAACAUCUCAAUGCUCUACUGGGUAACAUCCUGCGCAUUGUUGUAAACAACCUGGGCAUAGAUGAGGCCUCGUGGAUGAAGAGACUCGCAGUGUUUGCCCAGCCCAUUGUGAGCAAGGCAAAACCAGAGCUCCUUCGUUCGCACUUCAUUCCCACCAUGGAGAAGCUGAAAAAACGGGCAGGGAAGGUGGUUGCAGAGGAGGAGCAGCUACGUCUGGAGGCCAAGAGCGAGUCUGAAGAUUCAGAGACUCUGAUACGAGAUGAGUUCUCUGUCCUUUGCAGAGACCUCUAUGCUCUGUACCCUCUGCUUAUCCGCUAUGUAGAUAACAACAGGGCAAACUGGCUGACACUCCCGAACUGUGAUGCGGAGGAGCUGUUUCGAAUGGUUGGAGAAGUGUUCAUAUUCUGGUCUAAGUCCCACAACUUUAAACGGGAGGAGCAGAACUUUGUGGUAAUGAAUGAAAUCAACAACAUGUCCUUCCUCACGGCAGACAGCAAGAGCAAAAUGUCAAAGUCUGGAGAAUCCCAGUCGGGCGGCUCCGACCAGGAGCGCACAAAGAAAAAACGCCGCGGGGACCGUUACUCUGUACAAACGUCGCUCAUUGUGGCCACCCUGAAGAAGAUGCUUCCAAUUGGGCUGAACAUGUGCUCACCGACUGACCAGGAGUUGAUUACAUUGGCCAAGACACGCUAUGCUCUGAAGGAUACAGAUGAAGAAGUCAGAGAAUUCCUGCAGGAUAACCUCCACCUGCAAGGCAAGUGUGAGAAUUCUUCAAUGCGCUGGCAGAUGGCUCUUUAUAAUAAAAUGUCAGGUAAAGCAGAGGACUCCAACAGCCCAGAGAAGAUUGUGAAACGCGUGCAAGAGGUCUCGGCAGUGCUCUAUCACCUAGAACUAACUGAGCACCCCUUUAAAUCCAAGAAAGCAGUUUGGCACAAGCUACUUUCCAAACAACGUCGGCGUGCGGUAGUGGCCUGUUUCCGGAUGACGCCCCUGUAUAACCUCCCCAGGCACCGCGCCUGUAACAUGUUCCUGGAAGGAUACAAACAAGCCUGGAUAGUGAGCGAGGAACAUGACUUUGAAGACAGAAUGAUUGACGACUUGGCUAAACCCGGAGAAACAGAGGAGGAAGAGGAGGAAGAAGAAGAGAAAAAGCCAGAUCCCCUGCACCAGCUUAUCCUGCAUUUCAGCAGAACGGCCCUGACAGAGAAGAGUAAACUGGAUGAAGACUACUUGUACAUGGCAUAUGCGGAUAUCAUGGCAAAGAGUUGUCACAUGGAGGAGGAAGGGAAAGCCCCCGCUGAUGAGGAAGAGGAAACUGAACUUACAUUUGAAGAGAAAGAGAAGGAGAAGCAGAAGCUGCUGUACCAGCAGUCUCGUCUCCAUAACCGUGGUGCCGCAGAGAUGGUCCUGCAGAUGAUUAGUGCAUGUAAAGGUGAGCCGGGGUCCAUGGUCUCCUCAACGCUCAAGCUGGGAAUUUCUAUCCUUAAUGGGGGUAACUCGGAGGUCCAGCAGAAAAUGUUAGAUUACCUAAAGGACAAGAGGGAAGUUGGCUUUUUCCAGAGUGUGCAGGCCCUGAUGCAGACCUGCAGCGUCCUGGACCUGAAUGCUUUUGAGCGUCAGAAUAAGGCAGAAGGACUCGGCAUGGUGACAGAAGAUGGGACAAUCAUCAACCGUGAACAGGGAGAGAAAGUGAUGGCAGAUGAUCAGUUCACCCAGGAUCUCUUCCGCUUCCUUCAGCUGCUUUGUGAGGGACACAAUAACGAUUUCCAAAACUAUCUGCGCACCCAGACUGGAAACACCACAACCAUCAACAUUAUCAUCUGCACAGUGGACUAUCUCCUGCGUCUACAGGAAUCCAUCAGUGACUUCUACUGGUAUUAUUCAGGAAAGGAUAUUAUUGAUGACCAGGGAAAGAGGAAUUUCUCCAAAGCCAUGUCUGUGGCAAAGCAGGUGUUCAACAGCCUGACAGAGUAUAUUCAGGGCCCGUGCACUGGUAACCAGCAGAGUCUGGCACACAGUCGUCUGUGGGACGCGGUGGUUGGUUUCCUGCAUGUCUUUGCUCAUAUGAUGAUGAAGCUAGCCCAGAUGCCCCAAAACGGAGGACUACGAAAUGGCGACUCCAGUCAGAUCGGGCUGCUGAAGGAACUACUAGACCUGCAGAAAGAUAUGGUGGUCAUGCUGCUCUCUCUUCUUGAAGGCAAUGUGGUCAACGGGACAAUUGCUCGUCAGAUGGUGGACAUGCUUGUAGAAUCUUCUAGCAAUGUGGAAAUGAUUCUUAAAUUCUUUGACAUGUUCUUGAAGCUGAAGGAUAUUGUGGCUUCUGAUGCAUUCAGAGAUUAUGUCACAGAUCCCCGGGGUCUCAUAUCCAAAAAAGAUUUCCAAAAGGCAAUGGACAGCCAGAAGCAAUACACACCAUCCGAGAUCCAGUUCCUUCUCUCCUGUUCCGAAGCUGAUGAAAAUGAAAUGAUCAACUUUGAAGAGUUUGCCAACCGCUUCCAGGAACCAGCCAAGGACAUUGGUUUCAACGUGGCAGUAUUACUUACCAAUUUAUCAGAGCAUGUCCCUCAUGAUACCAGGCUACAGAACUUCUUGGAGCUGGCAGAUUGUAUCAUCAACUACUUUAAGCCUUACCUUGGCAAGAUUGAGAUUAUGGGAGCAGGUAAAAAGAUAGAGCGCAUUUACUUUGAGAUCAGCGAGACCAAUAAAGCGCAGUGGGAGAUGCCUCAGGUGAAAGAGUCCAAGCGCCAGUUCAUCUUUGAUGUGGUCAAUGAAGGCGGUGAGUCGGAGAAAAUGGAACUCUUUGUCAACUUCUGCGAAGAUACCAUUUUUGAGAUGCAGAUUGCAGCUCAGAUCUCAGAGCCGGAAGAAGAGAAGGUGGAGGAUGAUGAUGAAGAUGGUGGAGGAGCUGAGGGAUACGGGGAAGGAGAGGAAUCAGAGGAUGCUCCGCCUGAAGCAACAUCAGCAUUUGGAGACUUUAUGAACAAUGUGAUUAAUUUCUUUAAGAUGUUCACCUACAAGAACCUCAGAAGACAGUAUCGAAAGGUCAAGAAGAUGUCAAUAAAGGAGAUAGUCAUGGCUAUUGUCUCAUUCCUGUGGACAUUGUUAAUUGGAAUCCUUCACUUCAUCUACAGUGUCUGCAAGGGUAUCUUCUUCCUAAUAUGGCACACAUUAUUUGGGGGUAGCCUGGUGGAGGGUGCCCAGAAAUUAACUGUAACUGAGCUUCUGGCCAGCAUGCCAGACCCCACGCAGGACGAGGUCCACGGAGAUGGACUUCCUGCAGUGGUUAGUGAUGAGUUACCCGACGCUGGCGAUGAGACCGACUUUGUGGAUAUGAACAAAGAAGAAGUGCAAGAGGAAGGUGCAGAAAUAUUUGGAAUGGAGCUUAAGAAAGAUGGCAGCCACUACAGACUCAGUUCUCCAGAUGCUCCUGGUGGCUUAGGGGAUAUGGGAGACGCCACUCCAGUGGAACCUCCAACUCCAGAGGGAUCUCCCAUUUUGAAGCGGAAAUUUGGAGAUGAAGAUAUGCCAGGACACUUAGAUGGUGCAGUUGAACCAGAGCCGCCUGCAGAGGAGGAGGAGCCAGCACCAGAGGCGGAGCCAGAGAAAGCAGACUCAGAGAAUGGGGAGAAAGGUGAGGUGGUGGAGGAAGAAGCUGCAGCUCCUGCUCCCGAAGAACCUGGAGAUCCAGAGGUCACUGUUAAAACCAAAAGGAAGGCUCCAUCAAAGGACAAGAAAGCAGAGACAUCAGAAGGAGGGUUUGAGUUCUGGAAUGAGCUGGAGAUCCAGAGAAUAAAAUUCCUGAACUAUCUUUCUCGGAAUUUCUACAACCUUCGGUUCCUGGCGCUCUUCUUGGCUUUCGCUAUCAAUUUCAUUCUUCUGUUCUACAAGGUGUCUGAUUCCCCAAAAGGUGAGGAUGACUUUGAAGGUUCAGGAAUGGAGGAGGAUCUGCCCAUACUUGAUGAGGGAGGGGGUGACGAUGAUGAGGAAGAAGAGAGCAUUGUAUACUUCUUCUUGGAGGAAAGCACCGGCUAUAUGCAACCAGCAAUGAAUAUUCUGUCCAUAGUACACACACUUAUUGCCUUCUUGUGCAUCAUCGGCUACAACUGUCUGAAGGUUCCUCUGGUUAUCUUCAAACGAGAGAAAGAGUUGGCACGUAAGCUUGAGUUUGAUGGUGUCUACAUCACCGAGCAGCCGGAAGACGAUGACAUCAAAGGACAAUGGGAUCGUCUGGUCUUGAAUACACCAUCGUUUCCAAGUAAUUACUGGGACAAGUUUGUGAAGCGGAAGGUACUGGAUAAAUAUGGAGACAUCUAUGGCCGUGAGAGGAUAGCGGAACUGUUGGGAAUGGAUUUGGCCAGUUUGGAAAUCAGCUCUCAAAAUGGCAAGAAGCGAGAGCCAGAUAAAUCCCUGAUAACAUGGAUCACCUCAAUUGAUAUAAAGUAUCAGAUCUGGAAAUUCGGCGUUGUCUUCACAGAUAAUACCUUCCUGUACCUGGUGUGGUAUACCGUCAUGUCCAUCCUUGGCCACUACAACAAUUUCUUCUUUGCCGCCCAUCUUCUGGACAUCGCCAUGGGCGUGAAGACUCUGCGCACAAUCCUGUCCUCAGUCACACACAACGGCAAACAGCUCAUGAUGACAGUCGGGCUCCUGGCCGUGGUUGUAUACCUGUACACCGUGGUUGCCUUCAACUUCUUCCGGAAAUUUUACAACAAGAGCGAGGAUGAGGAUGAACCGGACAUGAAGUGUGAUGACAUGAUGACUUGUUAUCUCUUCCAUAUGUACGUUGGGGUACGAGCCGGUGGAGGCAUUGGAGAUGAGAUCGAGGACCCUGCAGGUGACGAGUAUGAGCUCUACCGCGUCGUGUUUGACAUCACUUUCUUCUUCUUUGUCAUUGUCAUCCUGUUGGCCAUCAUUCAGGGUCUGAUCAUUGACGCGUUUGGAGAACUGAGAGACCAACAGGAGCAAGUGAAGGAGGAUAUGGAGACCAAAUGCUUCAUCUGUGGCAUCGGAAGUGAUUACUUUGAUACCACGCCGCACGGCUUCGAGAGUCAUACUUUGGAAGAGCAUAAUUUGGCCAAUUACAUGUUCUUUUUGAUGUAUCUAAUUAACAAGGAUGACACAGAACACACGGGGCAGGAGUCGUAUGUCUGGAAGAUGUACCAGGAAAGGUGUUGGGAUUUCUUCCCCGCUGGAGACUGUUUCCGGAAGACCUAUGAGGAUCAGCUGGGAUAACGGAUACGUUACAUAUUAAAGAUUUCCAGGAUCGUGGUCAGAUCCUUGAACCUAGAGGAGACAUUGGCAAGAUAACUUCCUAUCAGUCUCCGUCUCUGCUUAUCCAACUCAGAAGCCAUUCUGCAGAACAACUACAAACUAACUGGAGAUUGUUACACUGUUAUAAUCCAGAUGUCUUUAGUGCCAAUUUCCCUGCAGAGCAUCACAUCUAUACAGCAUUAAGGCUCCUGCAGAGGAUUGCAUUUUUAAUUGAGACUGCUAAAGAGCAUUUCAUCUUAAGCUGCAGCCCAACACAGAGCGCUGGAAAUGUCCUUAGCUCUAUAGGAAUCCGCUGUCUCAAUGUUCUUUCACUGCCACCAAGAUUUUGCAAGGUUGAAAUAAUACCAGCUCUUCACUGCUGAAAAAUGUGCAUUAGGCUUUGUUCCAGAGCAUUGCACAUUUAGUUUUAUAUUGGUUUGUGUAAUAGUGUCAAUUUACAGCAAUACAUGCCCUAUCCCCCAACAGCCCCAGAUGCUGCCAAACUCUUCCUAUACCAGACACACACAGGCCCUGCCAGAAUACAGGUAUAAUAUUGCUAGUUAAAUUUAAAGCAGUGUUACAAAAAAUAAGUGCAAGGAAGGGUUAAUGUUCCGAUCUGUGAGAACAAUAUACAACCGACUAGACUGGUUUAUUUUCAUAGUCUUGUGAUAAAGUAAAUAGUUGUUUAAAUGUAUUAUGUGGCAAAAAGCUUGCAUAUGCGAUGUUUAUAAGUCUGUAUGGGGACACCAAUAGAAAAGGUGCUCUGCAGUGAAUACUGUCAGCCACUAUUUUCGGCACAGCAGUCUACAGAGAACCAGCUGCUCAACUGAUUCAAAGUUACAGUAGCCACUAGCGUUAAAAGUCAUACAGUAUUCAUGUUUAGCAUUAAUGUUAAAUAAUUGUUCUAGAUCUUGCAAACAAGUCUCAGAAAGUUAAUGAGAAUGUUUUGCGCAAGGCGAGUCUGUCAGUCACUCUCUGCAUCAAUUCUGGAAAGUUCAGGGUAAUUAGAACUAUUUAUAUUUUUACUAGAACUGAAUUGAUCUUGCGGUGCUUUGUGUGUCCUGUGAUCGCAUUCGGCACAGUUGUCACCUGAAAAGGCUUCGGUAUAGGACGACCUAUCACACACUACCUGGCCUGAACAGCCAAUUAAAAGCACAAUAACGUACAGCUACUUUUACAAUAUGUUGUCAAUGGGAAUGUUACCUGCAUUCCCUGUAUACUAGAUAGUGCCUUAUACCUCCCCACACGGGGAAAAUACAGCAUGGUGACAAUGUGGGAUUACUUUUGUUUGUAACUGUGAAUGUUUACUGUGUUGCUGCUGCAGAUGCAUUAGCACAAUCAUUGUGUGACUAUUGUUGGUGAGUGGAGUGGUGUAAGCACAGGAUGUCUCUAGUGAUAUCGUGCCUCUCUCUCGUUGCUUCAUUACUCUAGAUGGCGAUACAGCAGCAUCCAGUUCUCUCUUGCCAACACUCAGCAAUAUAUAUCUUGUAUGUUCUCUGCAAGAUAGCUACAGAGAAUCCCUCCUACACAAUGAGAUAUCUGCUGAUGGCCUCAUCUCCUUCACAAAGUGGUAUUACAAAAUAUAGGUGAUGAGCCAUUGUGCCGGGAGCUCACUUCUUAAUUCUGCAGAACCUUUGUCCUGUUUGUAUGUAAUAAAGUAUUUAUUGAUGACGCUGUAA